AUGAGGCCCAUUCUCUUACAAGGACAUGAGCGUGCUCUGACACAAAUCAGAUAUAAUAGAGAUGGCGACGUCAUUUUCUCGACGGCGAAGGAUCAACACAUUUGCGCUUGGUACGCACACAACGGAGAGAGGUUAGGCACCUACCAUGGUCACCAAGGAGCUAUUUGGACAGUCGAUGUGGACCCAACAACUACAAUCAUCGCAAGUGGUGCAGCAGACAACACAGUUCGAUUAUGGGACGUCAAGACAGGAAAAUGUUUGAAGACCUGGGAUUUCAACACGGCCGUAAAGAGAGUCGAAUUCAACGAAGAUGCUACACAAUUGUUGGCCGUCACCGAACAACGUAUGGGAUUCUUGGGAACGAUCGUAGUUUUGGACAUCAACCUGGAUGUGGAUGGACCACAAUCCGACGACCGGGCUUUGACCAUUACUUGUGCAGAGAGCAAGGCUACUGUUGCGGGAUGGAGUUAUAUGUCGAAAUACAUCAUUGCGGGGCACGAGGAUGGAAGCGUUUCUCAAUAUGAUGGCAAGACUGGAGAGCUACUCUUCAACACUCAAGUCCACGAAACGGACAUGCAAGUCACAGAUCUCCAAUGGUCACCCGACAGAACAUACUUCGUUACUGCAUCAAAAGACAAGACCGCUAAGCUCGUCAAUGCCCAAGACCUCGAGGUCAUGAAAACCUACGUAACCGACACACCACUUAACAGCGCAUCUAUCACACCCAAAAAGGAUUUCGUCCUUCUCGGAGGUGGACAAGCUGCUAUGGAUGUCACAACAACCUCAGCACGUCAAGGUAAAUUCGAAGCCAGAUUUUACCACAAGAUCUUCGAAGAGGAGAUCGGUAGAGUCCGUGGACAUUUCGGACCUCUGAAUACAGUUGCCGUGGAUCCAACUGGCAAGGGAUACGCAAGUGGUGGUGAGGAUGGUUAUGUUCGAGUGCACCAAUUCGAUAAGGGAUACUUCGACUUCACAUACGAGGUUGAGAGACAGGUUAGACAACAACAAUAA